GUAGGUAUAUAAGGUACCUAGGUCCGCUAUCACCACAUAACUCUUCCUCUCCCAUCAACCACUUUUCACAUCAACCAGUCUAUACUCACGCCGCCCAUUCAUAUCACAACCCACAAUGUUGACAAAUCUCAUCACCUUCCUUUGCGGCAGCUUGCUGCUCAGCUUAACUGGCCUUGCCUGUGCAGAUGCAGACCCCGCGACCAAUUACACCAUCGUCGAACUCCAAUGGGACAUGCCCAUCACCCCCGGAGAUGCCAGCAACGGCACUGUCACCGUCACCGGCACUGUCCAGCAAGCCAUUGCCCAGAUGGAUGCCCUGUAUCCUGGCUGGAACGAGAGAUUUCAGAGCCAGAUUUCACCGCGGGCUGACGGCCCCGUGGUCGGCGCCGCGUUAGAUGAGCUCGAGAGCUACAAUUGCAACUUUGGAACAUCUUGCAUCAUCUCCUACAUUCUUACGGGCAUCGACUACCUCCGGGGGUUGGAGGGCGGCACCAAGCCCAAGAACGGGCCCGGGCCGGGCAACUGCGGUCGUGUCAGCUGCAGCCACAAUGCUGCUAUCUGGUGGUGCAAUGAUAAUAACGCUGCCAAGGAGAUUACUUGGGGGAAGAUUGCCGACGGAGCCCAGGUGAUAGUUGAUAACUGCAGGUCGGGCAGUUCGUUGAAGGACGUCAAGGGUCAGGCUUUCUAUAAGAGCAAAUGGAACGUCAUCGUCCGCCGUGAUCCUUGCUAGAGAAGUGGCGGGAACCUUCGGCUGGGGUCACCCGGAACAUGAAAGUCGGCUUUCAUAUCUCAAAGGGAUAGCUUGGCUGGAGGGGUAGUAGGUAGAGACUUGAUGAUGGCUGUCGCUGCGUCAUCCUGGCGAUGAAAUGAGGAAUACCGCGUU